AUGUCAUUAAAUAUCCUUGUCAUUGGUAAUGGAGGUAGAGAACAUGCCAUUGUAUGGAGAUUAUUACAAUCUCCAACGGUGAACCAUAUUUAUGUUGCCCCAGGAAAUGGAGGUACCAUUAGUGAAUCAUCUUCGUCUAAAAUCACUAAUGUGCCAAUAAGUUCAUCACCUAAAGAUUUCAAUAAAUUACAACAAUUUGCCGUUGAAAAUAAGAUCAAUUUAGUCAUCCCGGGACCAGAACAACCAUUAGUUGAUGGUAUUGCGGAUAUAUUUUAUGCUGUUGGUAUUCCUGUUUUUGGACCAAGUGCCAAAGCUGCUAAAAUGGAAGGUUCGAAAGCUUUCUCCAAAGAAUUUAUGGAUAAACACAACAUUCCAACAGCAAGAUUUCAAAAUUUCACUGAUGUUGCCAAAGCUAAACAACAUAUUCAAUCUAUUGAUUAUAAAAUUGUCUUGAAAGCUGAUGGUAUUGCUGCUGGUAAAGGGGUUUUAAUCCCUGAAACUACUGAAGAAGCAUUACAAGGAUUAAAUGAGAUUAUGGUUGAUAAAAAUUUCGGUGAUGCUGGUAAUGAAAUUGUUAUUGAAGAAUUCUUGGAAGGUGAUGAAUUGAGUAUAUUGACCAUUACUGAUGGUUAUUCCUUUUAUAAUUUACCUGCUGCUCAAGAUCACAAAAGAAUUGGUGAUGGCGAUAAAGGGUUAAACACUGGUGGUAUGGGUGCUUAUGCUCCAGCUCCAAUUGCUACCCAAGAUGUAUUGAAGAAAAUUAAUGAUCAAAUCAUCAAACCAACUAUUGAUGGGAUGAGAAAAGAUGGAUUCCCAAUGUGUGGGGUCUUAUUUACUGGUAUCAUGUUGAGUCCAACAAAAGAACCAAAAGUUUUGGAAUAUAAUGUCAGAUUUGGUGAUCCAGAAACUCAAACUGUUUUACCUUUAUUAUCGGAAGAAACUGAUUUGGCUCAAGUUAUGUUAGCUGCUGCUCAACAUAGAUUGGAUUCUGUCACUAUCGAAACUAAACCAUUGUAUUCCGCUACCGUGGUGAUGGCAGCUGGCGGGUACCCAGAAGCUUAUGACAAAGGUGAUGAAAUCACUAUUAAAAAACCAUUACCUGAAGAUACUUUUAUUUUCCAUGCUGGUACUACCGUAAAUGAUCAAGGUAAAAUUGUCACUUCUGGAGGUAGAGUCAUUGCUUCUACUGCCAUUGCUGAAACUUUGAGACAAUCAGUUGAUAAGGCUUAUAUUGGUGUCAAUGACCACGUCUCCUUUAAUAAAAAAUAUAAUAGAAAAGAUAUUGCUCAUCGUGCUUUCCGUGAUGCUGACAAAGCUGGCAAUUCUGGUGCUGGUGCUGGUGCUGGUGUUACUUAUGCUGAUGCUGGUGUUUCUGUUGACAAUGGGAAUUUAUUAGUAGAAAACAUCAAAGCUAAAGUCAAAUCCACUGCUAGACCAGGUGCUGAUUCUGAUAUUGGUGGUUUUGGUGGAUUAUUUGAUUUGAAAAAAGCUGGUUAUAACACCGACGACACUUUAUUGGUUGCUGCCACUGAUGGUGUUGGUACCAAAUUAAGAAUUGCACAAAUUAUGAAUAUUCAUAACACUGUUGGUAUAGAUUUAGUUGCUAUGAAUGUUAAUGAUUUAGUUGUUCAAGGAGCUGAACCAUUGAUUUUCUUGGAUUAUUUUGCCACAGGUAAAUUAGACAUUGAGGUUGCUGCUCAAUUUGUUGAUGGGGUUGCUAAUGGUUGUAUCCAAGCUGGAUGUGCCUUAGUCGGUGGUGAAACUUCAGAAAUGCCAGGUAUGUACGAUGAAGGACAUUAUGAUACUAAUGGUACUGCUGUUGGUGCUGUAUUGAAAGAUAAAAUAUUACCACAAAUUAACAAUAUGAAAUCUGGUAAUGUAUUAAUUGGGUUAAAAUCCGAUGGUAUUCAUUCUAAUGGAUUUUCAUUGGUCCGUAAAAUCAUUGAAAUCAGUGAAUAUGAAUAUCAAUCACCAGCUCCAUGGAAACAAGGCUCUACAAUUGGUGAAGAAGUUUUGGUUCCAACUAAAAUUUACGUCAAACAAUUAUUAUCCAGUAUAAAUCAAGGAUUAUUAUUAGGAUUAGCUCAUAUUACUGGUGGUGGAUUGGUAGAGAAUAUUCCUCGUGCAUUACCUAAACAUUUACAAGCUACUGUUGAUAUCAAACAAUGGCAAGUACCAGAAAUUUUCAAAUGGUUUGGUAAACAAGGUAAAGUUCCAUACAAUGAUAUUUUGAAGACUUUUAAUUUGGGUAUUGGUAUGGUAUUAAUUGUUGAAAAAGAAAAUGUCGAUAAAGUAUUGAAGAAUUUGGAAGAAGCAGGAGAAAAAGGCGCUGUUGUUAUUGGUGAAUUAGUUGAAAGAAAACAAGGUGAACCAGGUUGUGUUGUUAAUAAUGUUGAUGGAUUGUAUUAG